AUGGCUGAGGAUCCUGUCAAUGUGAAUGAGUAUCAAGAAUUGGCUAGGCAAGCCCUUCCAAAAAUGUACUAUGAUUUUUAUGUCGGGGGAGCAGAAGACCAGUAUACACUUCAAGAAAACACGGAAGCCUUUCGCAGAAUAACGUUUAGGCCGAGGAUCCUCAUUGAUGUGAGCAAAAUCAGUUUGUCGACUACUCUAUUGGGCUAUCACGUUUCUGCCCCCAUUAUGAUUGCUCCAACUGCUAGGCAUAAUUUAGCACAUCCUGAAGGAGAGGUUGCCACCGCAAGAGCAGCUGCUGCAUGUAAUGUCAUCAUGGUAUACAAGAGACUGGAUAUUACAGCUCGGCUAGUACAAAGAGCUGAAACAAGUGGAUGCAAAGCUGUUGUUCUUACUGUUGAUGUUCCCAGACUUGGCAGAAGGGAGGCAGACAUAAAGAACAAGUAA